AUGCUGGACAGUGCCGGCGUCCAUAAUUGGGAAAUCAUUGAAGCCAGCGAUCGUGUUGGAGGACGCUUUCGCACAGUACUUAUCCGUGAUACGGAAGAGUUCACCGAGAUGGGCCCGAUGAGAUUACCAUACCAUGUCGUAUACAAGAGCGACAAUUCCACGCACGCGUACUCUGAUCACCGCAUGACUUUUCAACUCGCCGACUCCCGCAACAGAAUGAACGAAAACCACCAUCCUAACGAACUACUCGCCUUUGGGACGGGCAGAUAUCCGGAUGGCAGGGUGCCUACCCGCGCUGAGAUUGCGAAAGAUCCAAGCCUCGGUGCUCCACCGGUCAUGGCAUCGGCGGAAUGCAACAACACUAAGAAAGAGAUAAAGAAAGUAUUGAAGAACGAGACUCUCAUCAAGGAAAUACAAGCCGAUAUUUGGGGGGUUCACAAGCAACAGUCGCUGCUGCGCAACCGUCUAAAUGCAGAUGAGAAUGUCACAGAUGCAAUCUGGACUUCCACUGACUACGAUGUCAUCUGGGAUGAGAUGGCGCACAACUCCAACUUAGCUCUUGACGGGUCUGACGAUACUCUCGGUGAGACUGAGUGGAAGUGUGUCGACAAAGGCUUCAACCGCAUGUCGGACGCUUUCAUUCUCCAUGUCUCAGACAGACUGAUCUUGAACCGCAAAAUCCGGACGUUGGAACCGGUUCAUGACGAAGCCGGCAACAGUCGAACACGUCUGACAUUUGAGUAUAAAGACUACGACUACACCAGCAUGGCUGCUGUCGGAGCUCUGUACUAUCCCGUGUAUGGAUUGAACGAAUCAGGACCCAGUCCCAUCACACACUAUCGUGGCGGAGAUUGGAGUGAUCGUUUUGUUAGCUUCACAGAAGAAGAGGACGUAGGGCUGGUUCUUGAUGUUAUCGUGAGCUUGCAUGGAGAAAAGGCCCGAGAGCUCUAUACUGGCGACUAUGCUCGCCUCUGUUGGCUUGAGGAUGAGCAUACAGUUACUUCGUGGUGCCGCCCCGACGUGGAACAGCAUAAGCUGUGUAUUCCCUCAUACCACCGUACGGAACACAGCACGAAUUUUAUCGGCGGGCAUACGGCUCCGACUCAUGCUUAG